AUGGCAGACACCUAUUUUAAAAACAUUUCGGAACCUGCCGUCCAGGGGGUUGCUGAAGAAGUGACGGCUAGCUCGGCGAGUGAUUUUGGGGAAGAAUCUGACAGCAGUAGCCUCACUAGCAGCACUAGUUGCAGCAGCAGCAGCAGUAGCCGCAGUCGUGCAAAUAGGAAGAAGAGGGUACCUGGGCCUUCCAGAAGGGCGCGGCGGGGGUCGGGUAAUCAUUUCAUAGAUAGGCUGCCGCAGGCAGUUAGAAAUCGCGUGCAGGCGCUCGGAAAUAUUCAAGAUGAAUGUGACAAGGUAGACGCCCUGUUCUUAAGGGCAAUUCAUGAUCUUGAAAGAAAAUAUGCUGAACUCAAUAAGCCUCUAUAUGAUAGGCGAUUUCAAAUCAUCAGUGCACCUACAGAAGAAGAAUGUGAAUGGAAUUCAGAGGAUAAAGACUUCAGCAGUGAUGAGGAGGUGGAGGAUAACAGCUCAAGUGCAAUGCUUGCCUUAGAGGGUAAGGAAGAAGAUGAAAACCCCCCCAAAAAAAGACCUGAGGUAAAGGCUGAAGAAAAAGAAGUUAGUAAAGAAAAUCAUGAGGCAAAGGCUGAAGAGAGAGCAGAUUCUAAAGAUUUUCUGGAGGCAAAGCCUGCUGUAAAAGAAGGUCCUAAGGAAGUCCCCCAGGACAAGAUAAAAGAAAAAGAACAGCCUAAAGCAACUGAGGCAAAGGCAAGGGCUACAGUAAAAAAGGCUCCAAAAAGAGUUCCUGAGGCAAGGCCUAAAGAAAGAAUUAAUCUUAAAAGAGCUUGUGAGAGAAAGCAUGAAAAAGAAGACCCUAAAAGCGUUCCUCACUAUUGAUUGACUGUGUUAAAGAAUGUUGACAGAUUGGCUGUGACUCAGAAGUAUGGGCCCCUUCGGAAGUUCUUGUCAGAUGUUACCUUGAAAUUCUCAAAGCCCAGCCAGCCUAUAAAUUACAAAUUUGAAUUUCAUUUUCUAUCCAAUCCAUGCUUCAGAAAUGAGGUGCUGACAAAGACAUAAAUAAAGUCAAAACCAAAUCACAAUAAUCCUUUUUUCUCUUGGGGAUGGGAAAUUGAAGAUGGCAAAGGCUGUAAAAUGGAUUGGAGAAGAGGAAAGGAUGUUACUGUGACAACCAAUCAUAGUCAUCCAACUGCUACUGGAGAAAUUGAAAUUCAGCCAAGAGUGGUUCCCAGUGCAUCAGUUUUCAAUUUCUUCAGUCCUCCUGAGAUUCCUAAAAUUGGAAAGCUGGAACCACAAGAAGAUGCUGUCCUUGAUGAGGACUUUGCAAUCAGUCAAGUUUUACAUAAUAAUGUCAUUCUGAAAUCAAUCUAUUACUAUACAAGAGAAGUCAAUGGUACAUAAGAAGAUGGUACAGAUUAUGGAAACAGGAAAUAUCAAAAUUGA